AUGACUGAGCAUUUCAUCAAGGCCCUGCCAGAGUACCACGUGGUGGCACCCGUGCGAGUAGACGCUCGAGGGCAUUUCCUGUCCUAUGGCUUGCGCCCUCCCUUCACCAGCAGCAGCAGGAGGAAGAGGGACUUGGAGAGCCCAGAGGACUGGGUGUACUACAGAAUUUCCCACGAGGAGGAGGACCUGGUUUUUAACUUGACGGUCAACCAGGAAUUUCUUUCCAAAAGCUACAUCGUGGAGAGAAGGUAUGGGAACCUGUCCCAUGUUAAGAUGGUGGCUUCCUCCGGCCCCCCCUGCCAUCUCCGGGGCACAGUCCUGCAGCGGGGCACCAGAAUCGGGACUGCAGCCCUGAGUUCCUGCCAUGGACUGUGCUCCAGGAACUGCAGCGGGGGCUUCCGGAUCCGGGAGACUCAGUGCGUGGACAGGGAGCAUCGCAGCCUGAGGCCGUUUCACUGCCAGUUCCUGGCCGGCAUCCCUCCCCCGCGGAGCAUGAGCUGCAACACGGAGCCCUGCGAGGAGUGGCAGGUGGAGCCCUGGAGCCAGUGCUCCAGGUCCUGUGGAGGCGGAGUGCAGGAGAGAGGUGUGGCUUGUCCGAGAGGCCUCUGUGAUUGGGCACAACGGCCGGUGUCCACUGCCCCCUGCAACCAGCACCCCUGUUGUCACUGGGCCACGGGGAACUGGGACCUGUGCACGGCUUCCUGUGGGGGUGGCUUCCAGAAGAGGACUGUCCACUGUGUUUCCUCAGAGGACAAUAGAACUGAAGGUCAAGACCAAUGCCAGUGUGACCAUGAACCCAGACCUCCCGAACUCCAAGAGUGCAACCAGCAGGCCUGCAGGAAGAGUGCUGAUGUGCUGUGCACCAAGGACAACUUGUCAGCGGGUUUCUGCCAGACGCUGAGAGCCAUGAAGAAGUGCUCUGUGCCCACCGUGCGGGCUCAGUGCUGCCUCUCCUGCGCCCCGGCGCACGGGGUCCACGCCCGAAGGCCAAGGAAGCCACAGUUGCUCCAGAACCCCAAAGCGCUCUAAGUCCAGGAGGGAGCCGCCACCAUCGCCCGCCGCAGCCUGCUGACCGUGCCCUCUGCUAACCCCCGGAACCGCUCCAGGAGUGUUCCUCUGUGCACUUCAGGUCCAACUUUGCGCCAUAACAAAACAAAAUCCGCUGUGUCCCACUCGCCACACAAUGCCCCUCGCAGGAGGGCUGGGCCCUGAACACUGGCCGCUCCCUGAUCAGCAGGGGGACACCCGGGAGAAUUAGGCCGCUCCUGGCUCAGCUCCUGGGAC